UCUGUUUGGUUGGAGCUCUCUGCUACCCUUUCUCUCGGCGGUGGGUCGGAGCCGCUGUCCCUGGCCUCGCAUGUUCCCCUCUAAAUUCCUGUUUUGAAUUUGAUGCCCCUCUUGUACAUUUAAUCAAUUUACACCCUCUGUAAGGCCACAGUCGGGCGUCCAUACACCGGUUUUUUAUUUGCCCCAGUAUUUGGCGUUUAGAGACUUUAACACGAACAUGGCCGUGGUGAGCGGAUCGUCUGGGCCGGUUGCCCGGCUUGAGGGCCGUGAAUUCGAAUACAUGAUGAAAAAGCGCUCGGUGACCAUCGGGCGGAACUCGUCUCAGGGCUCCGUGGACGUGAGUAUGGGCCACUCCAGCUUCAUCUCCCGGAGGCAUCUGGAGAUAUUCACCGCCAGCGACGACGGCACCGGCAGCGGGGAUUUCUACCUGAGGUGUCUCGGUAAAAACGGGGUGUUUGUAGACGGAGUGUUCCUCAGACGGGGCGCCCCUCCUCUGCAGCUACCACGAAUGUGCACGUUCAGGUUCCCCAGCACAAACAUCAAGAUCACGUUCACAGCCCUGUCCAGUGGGAAGAAAGUGAAGCGAGAAGCUCCAGAGUCUCCAGUGAAACCAGUUCAGCCCCAGAUCUCCCCGCUGACCAUCAACAUUCCAGACAACAUCGCUCACCUCAUGAGCCCGCUGCCAUCGCCCACUGGCACCAUAAGUGCUGCUAACUCGUGCCCCUCCAGCCCGCGGGGCGCAGGCUCUUCCAGCUACAGGAUGGGUGGACGCAUGGUCAGCUCUGCAGAGCUGCAGCUUAUGAAUGACAACUCUCAGCCUGACAACGACAAAGAUGCCUCUGGGGGGGACAGUCCCAAGGAUGACUCCAAACCUCCGUACUCCUAUGCACAGCUGAUCGUCCAGGCCAUAACGCUGGCUCCGGACAAGCAGCUCACACUAAAUGGAAUCUACAAUCACAUCACAAAGAACUACCCGUACUACAGGACUGCAGACAAGGGCUGGCAGAACUCGAUCCGACACAACCUGUCAUUGAACCGUUAUUUCAUCAAAGUGGCACGGUCGCAGGAGGAGCCCGGCAAAGGCUCGUUCUGGAGGAUAGACCCGUCCUCAGAGGGCAAGCUCAUCGAGCAGGCCUUCAGGAAACGAAGGCCCCGGGGCGUCCCCUGCUUCAGGACCCCCCACGGACCCCUCUCCUCCAGGAGUGCCCCGGUGUCUCCCAAUCACUCGGGCGUUCUCUCCGCUCACUCCAGCGGCGUCCAGACUCCUGACAGCCUAUCACGAGAGGGCUCCCCAGUUCCCCUGGAGCUGGAGACUUCCUCUGCACCCGCCCCGCCAGUCACCACGGUGGUCCAGCCCAAACUGGCAGUCAUCCAGGAAGCACGCUUUGCACAAAACACACCAGGCACGCCUGUUAACAACCAGCCGGUACUCAUAGCAGUCCAGCGUCAGUUACCUCAAACCAUCAAGCCAGUGACCUACACCAUGGCCUCCCCAGUGAGCACCAGCACCUCCCAGCCCUCAAUCCAGACUGUCCACGUCCUGCAGCAGAUCCCAGCCGGCUCGCUCGGUGUCAUCGCUCAGCCGACCACCAUCAUCAAGGGUGAGCUGCAGGAGAACGGAGAUCACACGGGGCUCAAAGUCAAGGUGGAGACGAUCCCCACCAUCACCUCUAUAGGCGGCUCCAGUCGCAUCAUCCAGAGCUCCCCGUCAGGCACUUCCCUGCAGACUGUUACCAUAGUGCAGCAGGCCCCCAUGGGUCAGCACCAGCUGCCUAUAAAGGCCAUCACACAGAACGGCACCCACAGCAUCACCACUGCCAUCCAUGGACCCGUCAGCUCAGCUGUGGCGAGCCCCCUCCACCUGCUGGCGGCCCACGCCUCGGCCUCGGCCUCCCUCCCCACCAAGCGACAGAACGGGGACCAGCUGGCGAGCGAACAGCCGGACGCCAAGCGCAUCAAAUCGGAGGACGAGGCGGCCUCGACCCAGGUCGCCGACUCAGACUCGUCGGCAGCUAACGACCCGGGCCUCAACUAGUCUGUACCGCAACACACCACACGACCCCACAACCUUCUCUCUCUCUCUCUCUCUCUCUCUCUCUCGUCCCCGUCGUUUUGUUUCAUUUCUCCUUCUACCACUGACUCCCGAGGUGCCAAACGGAGAGGAUUCUUUUCAUGUUUCAGUUUGGGUUAUCUGUUCUAGAGCAACACAAGAAAAAAAUAAAGUCCACCCCUUUAAAAGACUGGAAUGUGGGUUGAGAACAAAAUAAAGAAACGGGACAAGAGGAACUGAAAGGUGUCCCCUGUGAGCCACUGGAACAGGAGAGUGACUAAAACCACAGGAAGCCUUAACAACAAUUAACCCUUAAGAGCUGACCUUUGACCUCACGUGGUCCAGCGGGGAGAGGCCCUGACGCAGCUCGGGCCGGACGCCACCUUUCUGUCGUAUCUACCUCAGAGCAGAUCGGAGACGACGCCUCCCCGGACAUGUCGGGGACGCAUUCAGAAAGGGAUCAACUCGGAGCCAAUAUUCCUGAACCUCUGGCAGCUAGCCUCUCACGAUACUGACCUUCAUCGCAGCUGUGCGUACACGUGCAGUGUUUCGUUGUUCAAAUGUGGAGCAUAGGAUUCUUUUUUAUUUUAUUUUUUAUGUGUUUUCACUUAUCUAGAGAAGUAAUAAUUUAAUGAAAGGAAGCGUACAAAAUAAUGAGGUCGAUGUCAUUUCGGUAACUAAGUUAGAAAAUCUCACUUUUCUUUAUGUGGACUUCCUGUUCGGUGAAACAGUGUAAUAGUGUUUCGUAAUAUUUGUUUCUUUCCCCCUCGUUCUGACAUAUCCAUAUGAAAUUUGCUUAGUUAUUCCUACAUAUUUUAAUACUUGCACAGAUAACCGAUAUAAGCAUAUGAAAUCUCCAUGUGUAGUUCCAGAUGUUGACCUUGCAUGUAUCCGACAACGCACCAGUUGUUAACUGUAAAUUGAACGGAGGAAAAAAGACCUGCUUUGUCCAAACCAGACCUGCACUUGAUUAAAUGUUUGUGUUUUCAUUUCCCUUCUUCUUCUCUUCUUUUUGUUUCCUCCUCCUCCUCCUCGUCCCCCCCGGCUGUGUUGACGUUGUGGUGUUGGCAGACCCCCCCCCCCCCCCCUGCUUGAUUAUUUUACUCUGUUCCGGCGACCUGGCGAGUCUGUUUUCUGAUUGUACACGUUCCAAACAAUAGUAAAAGAAAAAAAAAUUGAUGUUUGUUCUGCUUAAGUGGAGAAAUGCUUUUUUUUAAAUAAAUUAAUUUAAAGCCCUA